CUGGGCGCGUUCUCGCGGCUGAAGAGGGAGAACCCGGACACGGUGAUCGCGCUCAUGGGAUGCAUGGUGGGCCCCAAGUCGGACCAACUUGCCCGCCGGUUUCCAUACGUCGACGUCUUCAUGCGGCCGCAGCAGUUUGAGCCGCUGCUGGACAUGGUGGGCGAAAGGCUCAGCCUCGACUGGGAGGGGUGCGUCGGCACAUUGGCGCCCACCCGCCCGGAUGUCGCCUGCCACGUUCCGAUCAUCCACGGCUGCGACCUGAUGUGCACCUUCUGCAUUAUCCCGUACCGCAGGGGCCGGCAGGUCAGCCGCCCGGUGGACGAGAUAGCGCGCGAGGUGGAACUGCUGGUAUCACGCGGCGUGAGGGAAGUAACGGUGCUGGGGCAGACGGUGGACGCCUACGGCCACGAUCUGGCGGAACAGGACGGUGGGCGCCCGGAUCUGGCCACGUUGCUGGCUCGGCUCAACGAGGUGGACGGACUGGACCGCAUCCGGUUCCUGACUUCGCAUCCGAACUAUAUGAGCCGCAGCAUCAUCGAAGCAGUGGCCGAGCUGCCCAAGGUUUGCGAGCACAUCAACCUACCAGUGCAGGCCGGAGACGACGAGGUUCUGGCCCGGAUGCGCCGAAACUACACCCGCAACGAGUACAUCUCCCUAGUGGAUGAGAUACGGGACACCGUGCCGGGUGCAUCGCUCAGCACCGACAUCAUCGUGGGCUUUCCGGGCGAGAGCGAGGAGCAGUUCGAGCGCACCUUGGGCCUGAUUGAGCAGCUACGGAUGGACAAAGUUCACUGUGCCGCAUACUCAACGCGACCAGGCACCAUCGCGGACCGAAACAUGGAGGAUGACAUCCCUCACGAGGUGAAGGUAAGCCGCCGGGAGAGGAUUGACGCCCUGCAGCAGAGCAUUUUGACCGAAGUCAACGCGGACCUGGUCGGCAGCGAAUUCGAGGUGCUGGUAGAGGCACGCAAUAAGGGCAAGUGGCAGGGGCGCACACGAUCCAACAAACUGGUAUUUUUCCCGAUAACCGAAGACGACGGCAACCGGCUGGGAGAAUUAGUGAACGUGCGGGUUGAACGCGCCGGGCCGUGGUCUCUCCAAGGACAACCGUCCUAG